AGUUCCCGGUAUUUGCGUCGGCAUCGACUUUUUUUUUUCCUCAGUGUAAGUAACAAGUAGAAGUACACUUUCCUGUCCUAGCAUUUCAGAAUCCGCACCCCAAAACGCCCGCUCACACAACGAGGAUGACAGGACGGAUGUUGGGCAGUGUUUCUCCGCCCGGACGGCCCAUUUCCUACAACUCUAGGGCAGGCAGCUUCUUCAAGCUCCGCAGCACUCGCAUCGGUUUCUCGGCUCCACUGCCGCUCCUCCUGAAGGGCCCGAGUUUGAUCAUGUGGUGCCGCUUCUGGAGCAGCUCGAGCAAUCUGGUGGGCUUUUCCGAUGCGGCGCAGGUCGUUCGACGUGGGACGGAGGAGGACGUGCGCGGUCAACCACCAGCAAAUGAUCCAGGGCUCAUCCAGGAGUCCUACUGGGUGCCGCUCGGCAAGGAGCGCGAGCACUCUACGGGUGAGAUCAAGGGUAUGGGAGUGUCAGGAUCGAAAUCAACAAAAUCGAAGUAAUUUGUGACGCAUAAAAGCAAUACCACUUGGCACCUCAGUGUAAAUACAAGUGGCGCGUGACAAAUUUCGGGAGCACCAAUAAAAUCCAGUCUGUCGCGCUGUUUGGGCAAAGAAGACUGCUCCUGUCAUGCUACUCUGGCAGCGCAGCGUCUUCCCCUAAACAGGCUGGCUCCCCAAUACAGGCCAUACGUGCCCGCCAUUUUAUGCAUCACAAAUUUUUCGAUUUUGUCGAUUUGGUUCCUGACACUCCCAUAAGGGGCGGCGGCGACGGGGAUCAAACCGGUAGUGCCAGCUGCGGCGACCUCAAGGGCUGCGGCUAUUACAAUGAAAAACGCCCCCACGCCAUAGCCUGGAAGCAUUUGUAUUGCAAAGCCUUCCAAUGGAAAUAUUCCUCCUCUUACAUGUUUCAGCAUCACAAAUUUUCCAUGAAUAGCAAUUUGUGUUGCACAAGACCCCAGGAACAACAGCCGGGCCUGUCAUGUAAAAUAUGCCUUGAUGCUGAAGUAGAUUCUGCAGCAGAAAGACUCCUAGUCCUUUCAUGCACGACAAAAAGUUUCUAUUUGGAAACUUUGCAUCACAAAUUUUUGCAAUGUCCGGGUAGGGGGCAUUUGUCCUUUUGAUAGAGGUGGGGAGGACUGGACGGUGGGGCAACCAAAGUCCGCCGGGGAAGUGGACGAGCAAUCGUUCGGACCACAGGCCUAUCAGAUGCAAAAAUGUCUCGGUCUGGGAGAUUCCGAGAUUUGUCACGCAGUUUUUUCAAGCUCCCCCGGCCCCACGUCUGGAAUGCAGGGCCUAGCAUCACAGGUUCUGCAGCUCCUUGGUGAUGCGUGUUCUGCAUGAGAAAUGCCCUCUCAGCAUGGCCAGAAGUGGAGACAUUUAUUUACACAUUCUGCAUCACAGAUCUUUGUAGGAUCCGAAACACGCAUCGCAAGUUCGGAUCCUUCCAGACCCAGACAUAUUUGCAUUUGAUAAGGCCUAUGGGUUGGGAGGCUUACCCGUAUCUGAAGGCUCGGUGACACUUCAGCAUUAUGGCAAUUCCUAUACAGGUUGCCAGGAGUGUGAUGCCCGAAACGCGGUGGUGGAGUACGAUCAGGCGGGGAACAUCAAGAUUUUCUACGAUCCGAGCUCGCCCAUGGGAUCACCUGGGGACUGGGCGAAAAAUUGCGCGGUAGACGUCUUUUACGAAACCGACAAAGGGGGUAGAGCUGUGCGGAUGGACGAAGCUGACCACUAUUCAGAAUUCCACGAGGUAAUUUUAUUGACAACACCUCGCGAGAGGCAGCAGCACGCUCGUGAUGACUGCGUCAAAGAUUUGGUCGUGCGAUAUCAAAUGCAAAAAUGUCUGGGUCUGGAAGAAUGCAUGUUUGUCAUGCUUGUCUGGCAUGACUCUUAAAUCUGUCACGCACGUUACCCAAGAGCUCCAUUUUUCUGUGAUGCAGAAACGCAGUUUGUCAUGCAGAAUAUGCAACACCUAGAAGCUCAGAAACUUGUCAUGCUGCGCCAGCACUUGUGGCCUCAUCAUGAGACGCCACGCAGCAUCACAAGUCUCCAGACCCAGACAUUUUUGCAUUUGAUAUGCGAGCUAGUCGUGCGAAAGCCGCGAAUAACUGCGUCUGCUCGUACCGCACUACGGGGCAGUUUCCCGCCCUGUGGCAAAAUCUAGAGUGGGACCACAACAGAAAGUCGCAGUCGGCUGACUGUCGUUUCGAUCACAAAGCCGCGUGCGACAGACCCGAGGCAAAAGAAAGCGACGCGGCAUGUAAAAACUUUGUCUCAUCUUGCGGAGGAGGAUGCAGUCCCGCAGGAAAAGAAGACAAGGUGCCGACUGGUAAUCCUCCUAAUCUUGUUAAGAUUACGUUUGGUCUGGUCAAGGAGUACAGGGAUCCGCUCACCAAAUGCAAACCCGGCAAUGGGCCAGUUCCCAACUGGACCUUCGGAGGGUUUCUGCAAUCCGAGGAGCUUUUCAUGCAGCAAGACGAGGCGGGGUGGAUUACGGGAAAACUUGUCAGUCGUGAUGCGCCGCACUCGGAAAAGUCCAUUGAAUUCCCAGCCCUUGACAAGGGGAACGUCUUUUAUGGGAGCCAAAUCCGCACCCACGGCUACGCCCCAGACCCUUACUACUCCCCGUCUUCGAGGUAUCCAACAGAAAAAGUUUCUCACGAUCACGACUGCUGCUGGGCAUUUUUGCAAUGCAAGAAUAUUAUUGUGUUAAUGUUAAUUCUUUGGGCAAAAAUAAACUUUGUGCGGGAUUCCAUUAGUAUUUCUGCAAAAUGCAACAAGACUGUAUGUACCAAAAAAAAAUUCAAAGUACACAUCAUGCAGUAAAACCUCCAAGAACUUGUGAGAAACUUUUUUCUCCUCUCCAUACGAAAGAGAAUGGGUUUUUUUUUGGUCACGCGAUACCAGCGGACAAGGAUGGGAAAAGGGUUGAAACGGGGAAACUUCGUUGUUAUCCUAUAGUCGAGAGGGCUAAGGUUGUCAAUCGGUGCAGAAAGGAUACGCUCAAGUUCCGCAGACGGGACGGCUCGGAGCAGGAGGGCUGGUAUGCGGAGGAAGGGAUCGUCCUCAUCGAAAAACCAGUAAGGUGGGACCCGACUACCAAAACUGAAAAAAACAAAGCAGACUACUCUUACUGGAAAACCGACCUGCGGUGGAGAAAAGAUGACAAACUUGACAUUUUCUUUCAAGUAUCAAUCACAAAUGUCGAAGAUCUGGGUCUGGAAUAAACUUGGCAUUGUAGAAGUCUCUCCAUCAGAGACGGGCUUCAGUGCCCCGCCAGGCAUGACGCAGUUUUUGAAGGGUCUGGAGUGCGGAAAAAGCAUGCCGGCCUCUUGCGUUUUUAAGCAUAUGACAAAUGAUCUGGUGGCGCUCCUCUUUAUGCGUCACAGAUUUUCGCUUCAUUCUAAGAUCGCAAUUCUUUUUCCAGACCCGCCAGAUAUUUUUGCACUGGAUAUCAGAUGAGCUGCAACAAUUUUGAGCCCUUUCAUGGAAGGCUGGCUAGUGACGAAAGUGACUUUUCUGUGUCGGAAUUUCUUGACGGGGAGGGAUUGUUCGUAUCGAGUGCAAAUAUGUCUGGGUCUGCAAGAUUGCGAGAUUUGUCAUGCUAGUCUGGCAUGACUCUGUACUCUGUAUUGUGUGGCCACAAACAGCCUCGCUCGCCUGUCAUGCAAAAACGCAAUUUUCCAUGCGGAACAGAUACGCACCAAAGAAGCACAAAAUAGCUUUUCAUGCCUCGCGGUGCAACAUUACAGUGCACUACUUAUUCUUGACUGACUUGCUGCAUCACAGGUUUCCAGACCACCCAGAGGUAUUUGCCAUGCAUAGAUUGAUGGUGGGGGCGACGAUAGGUUGCUCGACGGCUUUUGGAAGGGCGACGCGGGUGAUCUGUUGCGCAUCCAGUGGGAAUUAUGACAGUGCACAACUCCCCCUCCCCCUCAUUUGUAUUGCAUGAACAGCAUAUACAAACGUCAGCGACUCUGGAGCCUGUGCAUGACAAAUUUAUGUACUUACCUAAUGUAGUACUUACUGUUUCGAGGUCUCGAAAUUUGUCAUGCAAACAGUGCCACAAGGCCGCGACUGGAUUUGGGAUUUUGCAUGACAAAGGAGGAAGAGGGGGAGUUGUGCACUGCCAUAGGAAUCAACGGACGGGUAUGCCAUGGUACAAGUUUGCCGUAUCCUGUGCAAAAGCAUCGCACUCGUGUAAAUGCAAGUCUUGCAUUACAAAUCCUUUUCUUAAGGUAAAUCCGAUCAUGCUGAGGGAAUUUGCAAUGCAUUUAGACGAGUACGAUCCUUUGCAGUUCAUAUGCCGUGCCCGUGAACAAAAGUGCCCCAGUCUCAAAUUUUAGGCACCCUUGAUAAAACCGCUAAUAUUUAUUGUGUCAGUCAUGGACGACGACGACCACCCCCCGGGGGAGUUGCCGGGUUACCAAGGACCACCAACCGUCUUAGUAGUCGUGCUAAGAAGCCCACGGUUGGGAUAUUUUGUGAGACCCCCCACGGAUAAACUCCUCACAACUUCCUUCCUCCUUUGUACUGACAUUAGCUAUUCCUUGUACUUAAAAAAGGAGAGAAGGCACCCUCUGGCCGUGAUAUCUUGUACAAUGAUGGUGAUUACAACAGUUCUCGGUUGGGCCUGCACUGACAUGAUCAACUACUCCCGUAGCACGACCCCCGUAGUGACAUGAACGAACAAGAUCCGGAUGAAAGAGCAACUGCGUGCUAAGUAGGUAGCUCUGUCUAAGCUCACUCUUUUUAAGUAGAUAGCCCCGACCCUGCCCAGCGAUUCUCCCCUAUGAAUCACAUUUCUACCCGCCCUCCCGCCGUCCCCCGUCGUUGUGGUUUCGUGUACUCGUCGUUGUGGUUUCGUCUAGCUAAAACUACCUGGCCGAGUAAUUAGCACGGCUCCUCCACCGCCGGUUCUUUAUUUGCAUGAGGACGGAGGAGAUGACUGGUCUUCCCUGUUUGACUGGUCGAGCCCUUCUGUAUCAGCUUCUGUCUCGCAGUCAGAGCAGGGCCAAAGCUUAAGCCCCCCGAUUCCGACCCCGCUCCCCCCUUAGAUAUGCGUUUGAAGAUGUUCUUGCGGCCUAGCUAAGCAUACAAGCUGUGUCGGAACCGUAUCCCGAGUCCAGGGGUUACCUUCGUGGCCCCCGUGUUGUCGUUUUGUUGCCUUUGCGGCCCCCGUGUUGUCGUUUCGUAAGCUCUGCAACCCCUAAUAGCCGCGCACCAGGGCUAGGUGUCCCGUUGUUUCUCCGAAUGUGAAGGUUCGCGCACGCUUUCGGGGGGGCAAUUGCGAGCCGUUGUCGAAACAUGUGGCAGAGAAGCGCCACGGUGCCCGUUUUCGUUAAAUCAAUGAAAAAAAGGAAAGCGAAAGAGGAACAGGCACGGCAAUGGCCGCAGGUCAUGAGCAAAACAACCAAGGGCCUGCGCAUUUAGGUCAUGAGAACAGUGACAGCCACGCGCGUAGGCCAUGCACUCGCACGCGAUGGCCGUAAGUCAUGAGGGCCCGCCAAAGCAAAAGCGCCGGAAGUUGGCAAGCGCUCGGACUCGCGCCCCCCCCCUUCCCGCCUUUUCUUGUGUGCGUCCCUUCACCCAUUCCAAGAGAUGGCUCGGAGUUUUUUUUUGUCUUUCUGUGCUCUUUUCCCAACUUGUCCAUCCUCUGGGGCGUGCCUGAUCAUAAGCUAGUUAGUUUAUUGUGUCAGUCAUGGACGACGACGACCACAUACAUACUGGUGCAAAUCAACAAAAUGUAGUUGGACUAGUGACUUAGACUUUAUUUCUUGCCAAGGACCACAUGCAGAGCCAGAGGCAACGUUUGCAGAUCGCGUACGGCAACAAAUUUGCAAUUGAUAACAUGGAAAAAGCCUAUGAAGGAAAGGGCGCCGCGGUUUGGAUCAGUUCCUACAAUUGCCCCGGGCAGGGGCCGCAGGUAUCGCACAGCAAAGUACACUCAUACAUCAGCCAAAAGUGCACUCAUACACCAGUGUUUGCCGUGCUAAAAAUUUUGGUUCCCGAAAAGUCCCUCCAGCGUUGGCCACACAGCAUGAGAAUUCACGGCAUGACCUCCUCUUUCAUCCUGCUCCGCAUUACAUUUUACGUGCACGGCGUCACGUAUAGUACCCCUCUUGCGGCUCAGCAUUGCACAAGCCUCAGCGACAGGAGAACAGCAUAACAAAAGUAUGCUUUUUUUGGUUGUAUAUGAGUGUGCUUUUUUUUUGGGAUAGGAAGCGACUGCAACUGCUCCUGCUACUGCAACUACUUUUGCCCCUGCAACUGCUACUGCCUCGACGCCGACUACGGCCGUGUGCCUACAACAGCUCGGCUGGGGGGAAUCUUGCAAGCACAACCCGGAUUGCUGCGGGGUGAAUGCUGGGACUGGGACGCAGAUGAUUUGUUUCAAAAAGAACGACUGGGAGGCAGGCUGCCUCGACUAUCCAGAGCAAACAUGUCUUGGUCUGCAAAAAUGCAAGGUUUGUCAUGCAUCUCUCGCACCACACAAUCACAUAUGGUCUCGAAUGCACACGGAGGCAUCACAUAUUUUGCGAGUCCUUCUCGAUGCCCUUUCCCUUCCGCGUGAUGAAUCCACCUCCUCCGCCUGUUUGCGUUCAUGCAGCAACGCAGAUGAUUUUUUAUUUUUUGUGAUCGGGUUUCUUUUCGCAUGACGCCAGGCCCAGACAUACUUGCAGGGUAUAUCGACUCGUGGGAUUGCGAGAUCGGAGGGAUGAUGAAAACGCCCAUAGUCCCCGGAACGGACCCCUGGCACUGUACCCGUCACAGCACUUCCUCCUUCCUGCAGCGGGAGGCACUCCGCCCGGAAAAAUCGUCUCUCGAACAUGUGCAACAUGA